AUGAGCAGCACCACGGCAAGCGCUGCUCGGCAAGCGAGCACGCUUCGCAGCUUGACGAACGACACGCAGCUGCGUCGUGCCCAGAAGACGGUGCUCCGGCAACGGCACACCGAAACAUCCACGCCGAGUUGGCGCAGCACCAAGGCCGCGUCAGUAGGUGCCGGCAGCGUAGCCUCAGUAGCAUCUGGCGGCUCUGACUCUCGAUUCGGCUCCACCGUGAAACGAAGCGGCGUUUCUCUGCUGCGCCGCCAACAGGAAGGUAAGGGCCGGCAAAGGUCGCUCACGGCGACAAUGGCAACACCAACAGGUGGUAACCGGGGAAGCGUCGGUGACGGACGUGUGUCGAACACAAACGCCGCGGUUGGCUCUGCCUCCCCAACCCCGUCGCGUAUUUCAGAGGCCUCCACCAACACGACGAUGAGGGGCAAUGGUCGCCUCAGCGGCAGUGGCGCACGCCCUCUGCUCGAGCAGCUGCCUGGCGGCGCAUUUGUGCAGGCGGAGGUCAUUGGUCAGCGGCGCUCGCCGUCUCUGAAGCUUUUUGCGAAGCCGUCACCACGAAUGAUUUCAGCACCGAACCCUCGCGGCAACACCGGGGCGCCGGGAUUGAAGACCACCUUCGGCGUCAAUGAUGGGCCCUACUACGUGGGCAACGAGGAACUCACGAAGCUGACGUGGGUGCGCGAAGAAAUGCUGCGCGCCUUAAUGCAGUCUGCCGCACCGCUGGCGAUGUCAGCGGCGACGAAAGAGAACAGCGCCGCUGUUGCAGUCGCCUCGAUGCCAAGCCCAAAAGAUGGUGGUAAUGCAAACAUACUGGAGAGCUCUUCGUCGUCGCUGCUGACGAUGCACUUCGACCCAGUGGUAAGCGGGACAGCUCGGGCGUCGCCGACGUCCCUGUCUGUAGGGAAACGGCCACGACAGCGUGUGUACAGCGUAGACCUGCGUGGCGGCGCGAGUAACGACGAUCCCGCCCCGCCUAUGCAGCCGCCUGCGGCAGGCGUAGCGCAGCCCCGUGGGGGGCUGGUAAGCAGUGGCGCCACUCCCAUUCUCGCCUCUUCUAUUCGUCAGAAGCCUGGUAACUCUGUUUCUCUUGCUUGUCCAGCGCCAACGAGCACCCCCACGGGAGUCGGCACUACUCUGGUCCCUACAUCUGCUCGCCCAACCCUGGACUCCAGUGCGAUCGUGGCUGGCGAGCCGCCGCCGCCGCUGAGGCAGCGGGGGGAGCGCCAGCCGCGGCGUCCAGCUGUGCUGGUGGCUCUAUCCAGUCUUCAAUCACCCGGCACGGUCGCUGAGCGAGUGCGACUGGAGUUUGUGCGACAAGAGCAGAAGCAAUCUGCCGCAGUCGCUACCGGGAAGAAGAAGGCGGCGGUACCUUCAUCGGUGGUCACUGCGGUUCAGCGUCCCACGGCCAUAUCCAUCAACGCAGCUACGCGGCUCCUCCUACUUGACCCGCUCUUUCCUCUCAUCAGCGAGGAGAACUAUCAGCGCCUCGUAUUGCAAAACGACGAGUACACAGCUCGCAAGGCGCUGCUGGCCCACAUCGCCGCAACACCGGGGGCGGCGACGGCGGUAUCGCACCCUUAUGGGUCGCCGUCCCCGGUGCCGCCUCUCGACGUUGGCAAGAAGCCGCGCAAAUCAGAGGCUGAGGCGCCACGUGCGGCGCGAGCGUUAGAGAUGGAUCUGGCAGAGGCCGACGAACCAGCUCCCGUGCUGCCACUCACGGUGGCCGUGUUGGCGCCUACUCAAGUUGUCGCAAUAGAAACUGGAGCAGCAGCAGCACCUCUGUCCCCUUCCGUGUCCCCGCCCAACGCGGCAAUCAUCGGCAGUACCCCACCUCGUCGACCAUCUCUGCAGCACGGCGGACCGGCCUUGUACGCGACCUUUUCACCUCCCCGCGUCUCGUCGCCGCCAAACGCUUCAAAUCUCACCUCGCCCAUUGCCGGCUCCGCGGUGGGGUUCGGCGGCACUACAUCUCCUGCACAUGACAGCAGACUGCUCGUGAAUGCCGUGAUGCCGACUGAGAAGUCGGGAUCCAUCAAACUACUGGCCGCAGGCAGUGCGUGGUACGCGGCGACUCGGGUAUCGGAGUCGACGCCGUCCAGCACUAUUCAAUCCUCCCUCCACGCGGGUCUUCUAGCGACUGCCUGCGGUGGGGGCGCAGCACGUGGCACCGGCAACUCCCCAACUCGCCCGCUCUCCACCAGCCCCAUGGCGAGCUGCUCAUCUUUGCGAAGCGUCACUCGCCGCGGCUCGCUGCUUCAAGGCCUGCAGCAGCACCUCCCGCACCAAGCGACAAGGACAGUUGCCUCCAACCACAGCGACAGCAUUAGUGACGAAGACAGCACCGCUUCCGACGAGGCAGUUGAUCUGGCUGAAGCGGAGCUUCGCAAGACGCUGCCGCACUGGGGCCCGUUCCGCACCUCUCACGCCGCGGCAUCGUCCGCUUCCGAUAUUCUCUGGCAGAAGCGCGCCACCAACCCAGGCACAAGCCCUGGAAGCACCACCGCCAGUACCACCACGCCAACGGCAGCUCGCAAGACCAAGUCGGCGCAUGAAGAGACGGUUCCGGUGGCGUCGUUGACCGAUUCGACACCGAGCCUUCUCUCCAUGGCGCUGACCCUCUCGCCGGCCAUGGCGAAGGAGCUGCAGGCCUACGUGCAUGAAUUUCUCAAGCGUUACCGCGGCGCUGACUCGGUAACCGCGGAGGAGAUGGGGCCGAUCCCGAAGACGCCUCUGGCGCUGCAGCGCGCGAUUCGCCAUAGCCUCCGCUUAUCAACUGAGAGUAGCGCGAGUGGCGUGGGCGACGAGGAGGCCGUGGGGCUCGAAGAUGCCAUGGACGACGGCAGCUACCACAGUCAAAACGUUCAGUACGUCCUGGAUCUCAUGGGGUCGCUGCUGCAAGGGGAAACCUCCUUCUGUGAGGACGACGACGCGCGAACGGCGAGUGGGGCGCAUCUGCGAACUGCUGCAGCGGAGCGACACAGGAAAGAGCAAGUCACCAGCGCCGAGCUGAUCGCGGCGGUGAUGGGACGGCCCCUCUCGUCGGCCGUUGCGGAUACAGCAGAGGGCGCUGCCUUGAAUUACACCAGAAAUGACACCAGUCGAUCUGCGGCGGCGCGGCCGCUGUUGAAGCUGCACGAUCCUGAGCUGCGCGCCGUAGAACUCCUGUUCGUCAACGGCGCACCUUAG